AUUAGUAAUUUCAAAAAAAUUUCCAUGCCCUGCCUGCUAUGUUAGUUUCUUGUCGAUAUUUUUGCUAUUAUUUUUGAUAAAACACUCAGCCUUAUUUAAUCUCCGGAAUGGAAGCUCCGGAGUUAGACCCGGAACAAUAUUUAAAGGGUUUAAUAACGAGUUUAAAUAACAUGUCCACAGUAAUUCAAGAAGGUUUAUUUGUUCCCCUUCACUCCUCACCACUCUUAGUUUUUUUUCUAUUUAUUUUUUCUUUUAUAAUUUCAAAACAAAGUUUUAAAAUAAAAUGCUACAAACAUUUGCACAUUGUAUCUUAUAAUAUUUUUAGUAAGCAACAUAGUUCAUGGUCCUUAUGGAUUUUUUUUUUUAAAUCUGUUAGGAGCAGUUUGAUUUAAGAUUAACAAUGCACUUGUAAACAACUAUUCUUGGGGCGAUCCGAUAGCCGAGGCGAUAGCGUUGCCGUUUCUUCACACGGCAGGACCGGAGUUCAAACCUUACCACACGCCCCCCCAUACGUAGGACGACUGACUACUAUACAGCUACGAGUAACAUCAAGUCACAGAGAGCCAGAUAUGGCAGGCCCGAGACCUUUCGAAGUGGUUGUUGCUAAGAAGAAGAAGAGUUGUUGUAAGUUGUUCUCGUGAAGUAUUCUGAUUUUCAUUUAAAUUUCCUUUUUAUAACCUCUCUUUACUGCAUCUCACUCUUUGAAGUCAAUUUAUGAACUUUUUGACUGACGAUGUAUCCUCUUUAAAAUAGUCAUUUAAUUUCAUUUUCCCUUUUUGCGAGCAAUAUGAUUUAAGGAUCCUUGCUAUUCUGUAGAAAAUUGAAAUAGUAAAUUAGUACUGACAUCACAAACGAUAUCACAUUUCAAGCACUAAUUAAUGUUUGUUUCAUUGUCAAUUUAACAUUCACCUGAAUUUAGCAAGAAACUAAAUACAUGUUCCAAAACGAAUACUCUAUUCCCGGUAGCUCUCUGUUACCGAUGUUCACGGUAGGAUAUAUUUGUUUCCGGUGAUGAUUAUUUGCAUUCCGAAAACAAUCGCAUUCAAACGGGAUGGCAGUGUUGGAAUUCAUGUGGAAUUGUUUUUUGCUGUUGCUUUUUCUUGGAAUACUGAAAGCAGCACUCUCCCUUUAUUGGCCCUCGAUCGGCGAGUGGAGAUAUGACGAUUUACAUCCAUCCCUACGGUAUCACGAAUCCUGCAGAGCAAAGCAACUGCUCGUGAACGGUGUGUUUUUCCUCGCGUAUCCUUGUGUGCUGUGCUUCCGGUGGUACAGUGCGAACCGUGGCACGAUGUGGACCGAGUGUACUGUAGAGCGGGAUGAGUUUGAACGGUACGUUGAAUAUUCGCGCGAGGAAGAGGACCUCCUCCGACACGGUAUGAUCCGUGGACGAAUGAUAAUACAGAAAGAAAUUGUACUGACGGGCGGUUCGGAGCAUGAUGAUGGUUCGAGCUACCGAAAGUACGAUGCGGUGGAUGAGUGUGUUGUUGCUGUGGAACGGGAUGAGCCCGAGUCAGAUGAGCAGCGUUAUCAAUCGAAAUGUGAACCAUUAAAUUUGUCGAAAGAUGGCGAUAAUGGGUGUGAUUUGAUUGAUGAGGUCCCGAUGCAGCAAUGUCGGCAGAAUACGGCGAGGAUGGAUUCAUUUCACUCUAGCAGCGAAGAGCAGGGUGAUGAUGAUGAGAUUAGUUUAAUUUCUCCAACUGCAAGAGAAUAUGGGGAUUCAACGGCAGCUCCUGCUACUGGAGUUAAGUAGAUGAGUUUUUUUUUUAAUAAAAUUUGAUAAAUAGCUCGUUACAGUUUAACUUUUACUAAGCUUUGCUGUUUGGAUUAAAAUAUACUUUCAACCCAUAACCCAUCCAGGUAUUUUUGAGCCAAAUCGCACGGAACGCUGAAGCUCGCCUACUUUUGUCAACCUGUCUAAUUUCAUAUUGUCCUUACUUGCCUUCUUCUUCCUUGGCACUACAACCUCGAGAAGUCUCGGCCUCUGUGACUUAGGUCAAUUCUGGCUUCCUGUGACUUACUCUUAACAAAGUAGUCAGCUCAAUCAGCCGAUGGGCAGAUUGACGCUGGGCAAAAACAUUUUAAUACUAAAUUAUCACUAUAGUUUUAUCAUAACUAAUCUAGUUUCAAUUUUCGCUGGAUGUAGUAUUGGAAAAAGCCUGGUGACGGAUUACGAUAUGCUUACAUUAAAAAAAAACUAAAAUAAGAUAAAAAGGCGUCUAAAACAGUUAUGGUUUCUU